AUGCUGCAGCCACGGAUACGGCCCAUCUGCACUUCCUGUCGAAGCCUCCUAUCCUCCGUCCGAUCAUAUGCAACCAACGUCGAGACGCCUAUCACAGCAUCAACAUCCACGCAAGAUGCAACAGUCUACACUCCGGCUACGCCCAUGCGGAGACAGGGUGGCUUGCAGCUGAAGACAUACAAGCCCCGAACUCCUGGUUUGCGGCAUUUGCGGCGACCCAUCAAUGACCAUCUCUGGAAAGGAGGGCCUUACAGGAGAUUGACGUUUCCUAAGAUUGGACAUGGCAAGGGUGGACGCAACAACACUGGGCAGAUCACAGUCAGACAUCGUGGUGGUGGUCACAGGAGAAGAAUAAGAACGGUGGACUUUGUGCGCAUGGAUCCGGGGAAGCAUUUGGUGGAGAGGAUUGAGUACGAUCCCAAUCGCUCAGCACAUCUUGCGCUCAUCGAGAGUGUUGACACGAAGAAGAAGAGCUACAUCAUUGCAUCAGAGGGUAUGCGAGCGGGUGAUACAGUGGAGUCUUUCAGAUCUGGAAUUCCUGCGGAGCUGCUGAAGAGUAUGGGUGGUGUCGUGGAUCCGGGAAUGUUGGCCGCAAAGACUGCAUUCAGAGGCAACUGCCUGCCCAUGAAGAUGGUACCGCUUGGAACUCAGGUCUACUGUGUUGGAUCGAACCCCAAGAAAGGAGCUGUCUUCUGUCGAAGCGCUGGUACAUACGCGACUGUCAUAUCCAAGGAGGAGACAUCCAAGAACAGAGUUGUCGAUGUCACUGUUCGGUUACAGAGUGGCGAGGUGCGAAAAGUUGGAGCUGAUGCAUGUGCCACCAUUGGUGUGGCAAGCAAUCCACAUCACCACUUCAGACAGCUGGGCAAGGCUGGUCGAAGUAGAUGGUUGAACAUUCGACCUACGGUUCGUGGUGUGGCUAUGAACGCUGUGGAUCAUCCUCACGGUGGUGGACGAGGUAAAAGCAAGGGUAAUGUGCAUCCUGUCUCGAUAUGGGGUACACCGGCCAAGGGAGGUUACAAGACGAGGAAGAAGAGGAACCCCAACAAGUACGUGGUUCAAGAGAGAGUCCGAAACCAAGGCAAGCGGAGAUCGAAGAACUAG